AUGGCUACCAAAAAUUGGUCAUUGUUGUUACUGUUGGUGUUGAAUGUCUGUUGUUUGUCGAAAAUAUUCGCCCUCGGCCUUGAAGAUGACUGGCUGCACUGGAGUGAGGAGGAGGAGGCGGCUAACAGCUGGGACAGUCGUCACCACGAGGAGAAGGCCAGAAAGUGGCCAUUCUUAUUGGAGGACUCGAAGCACGUGGUGAAAACCGAUGCAGGGGAGAUGAGGCUAGUGAGGGGCUAUGCAAGCAAAUUCGCAAAAAGCCCAAUACACAUUGGGUUCAUCAGAAUGGAGCCUAGAAGUCUUUUUAUACCUCAGUACCUUGACUCGAGCCUUAUCCUCUUUAUCCAUUGUGGUGAAGCAAAAAUUGGGCACAUAAACAAAGGUGAGCUUGUGGAAAGAAAGUUGAAGAAGGGUGACAUAUACAGAAUAGAAGCCGGGUCGGCCUUUUAUCUGAUUAAUAGAGAGAAGGGUCGUAUCCUUCAUAUAAUUUGCAGCAUUGAUACAUCAGAGAGUUUAGGGUGGCACACAAUUCAGUCGUUCUUCGUUGCUGGCGGAACAUAUCCAGCAUCAGUUCUUUCUGGAUUUGAUCAUGCAACUUUAUCAGAUGCAUUCAAUGUCUCAGAAGCAGAACUAGGCAAGAUGUUUACAAGGCAAAAUAACGGGCCGAUCAUAUACUUAUCAAGUUCCGGUCACCCUAGCGUGUGGUCUGAAUUCCUAGAAAUGAAACAGCAUCACAAGCUAGCGCACAUGAAAAGAAAGGAAAAAGGGAGGAAAGUGGGCAUGAAGUGGAUAAAGCGCCCGAUUUGCAACAUCUUUGACAAAGAGCCCGACUUCAAGAACGACUAUGGGUGGAGCACUACAUUGGAUGAGUCUGAUUAUUCGCCCCUUGAGCAUGGCGAUGUUGGUGUUUAUCUCGUCAAUCUCAACGCGGGAUCAAUGAUGGCACCUCACAUGAACCCGAGAGCAACCGAAUACGGGAUAGUACUGAGAGGCAGUGGUGUGAUCCAAAUAGUAUACCCCAAUGGGAGCCUAGCAAUGAAGGCACGGGUAGAAGAGGGCAACGUAUUUUGGAUCCCCCGUUACUUCCCCUUCUGCCAGAUCGCGUCCAAAGGUGGUUCGUUUGAGUUCUUCGGGUUCACCACCUCAGCACGCGACAACAAGCCCCAGUUCUUGGUGGGGGGAAACUCGCUCCUCCAUGCAAUGAGAGGGCCUGAGUUUGAAGCUGCAUUUGACAUGAGCAAGGAUGGGUUGAAGGAGAUCAUCAAUGCUCAGCGCGAGUCUGUUAUUUUGCCGACUUUUCAAGAGUAUAGACAAUGA